AUGGAGAGGUAUCUAUUAGGCCACUUGCUGAACUACAAUGAUGAAAAAGGACAAAUGCUAAGCGAUGACCAAAUUGCUGAUAAUGUAAUUGGGGUCCUAUUUGAAGCUCAGGAUAUUACAGCAAGUGUUCUAACCUGGAUUCACAAGUAUCUUCAGGAUGACCACAAACUUCUUGAAGCAAUAAAAGUAGAGAAAAUGGGAGUAUAUGAAGCUAAUGAAGGAGGGAACAUGCCAUUGACAUGGGGUAGAACAGAUCCUAACCAAAACACUGGGAUUUGCAUUCAAAACUCGUGUGUCAUGGCUGCUGAAGACCUAGUUCCUAUGCUGAGUUCCUUCAAAACCUUCUUGGGCAGGGCAUGGAGGGAAUAUUCAAGGACCGUGUUCUUGCAAACUUACCUUGAUUUGUUGGUAGACCCUACAGGGUGGUUGGAGUGGAAAGGCAAUUUUGCCCUCCACACUUUGCAUUAUAGAGAGUACAAGAACCUUGGUCCUGGGGGUUCCACAAUAGGUAGAGUGAAAUGGGGUAGUUACCAUGCCAUAACAAGUGCAACUGAAGCAUCCAAAUUCACAGUUCAGAAUUUUAUUGCUGGGAAAUCAUGCUCUAUGGCCACGGGGAUUCCAUUCUUAUUUGGACUCGAUGAUUAA